AUGGGGUCGACAGGCAAGCUGUCCUGCAAAUGGACAACUUACCUUGGUCUGCUGGCGGCGUUCAGCUGCAUGAUCCAGCCUGCCGUCAUGGUAAAGGAAAACGAUUUCAAAAAGUGCCACCAGUCUGGCUUCUGCAAGCGCAACCGCGAGUACGCUGAUAAUGCCGACGCCCUGGGUCCCAACUGGGCGACUCCUUACAACGUCGCUCCCGAGUCUGCCAAGUUCGCCGAUGGCCAGCUGCAGGCCGUCAUCGUUAAGACGAUCAAUGAUGCGAAGGACACCGUAAACCUCCCCAUCACCGUCUCUUUCCACGAGUCGGGUACCGCUCGCGUGAGCGUCGACGAAGAGAAGCGCCAGAAGGGCGAGAUCGAGCUGCGACACAACAGCAUCGUCAAGAAGGAGCGUUACAAUGAGGCCGAGAAGCACGUCAUUGUUGGCGGCUUGAACUUGGACAAGGAGGCCAAGGUUGCCUACCAAGAUAAGGAACAGAUCACCAUUCAGUAUGGUCCCGACGCCAAGUUCGAGGCCGUCAUCAAGUUCUCGCCAUUCGGUGUCGACUUCAAGCGCGAUGGCUCGUCCCACAUCAAGUUCAACGACCAAGGUCUGUUCAACAUGGAACACUGGCGCCCCAAGGUCGACAAGCCCGCCGAGGAGAAGAAGGAGGGCGAGGAGGCCGUGACCACAGACGUCAAGACCGAGGACGAGAGCACCUGGUGGGAUGAGACUUUUGGAGGAAACACUGACUCCAAGCCCCGCGGCCCCGAGAGUGUCGCCCUCGACAUCACCUUCCACGGAUAUGACCACGUCUACGGUAUCCCUGAGCACACUGGUCCCCUGUCCCUGAAGCAGACUCGUGGCGGCGAGGGCAACCACAACGAGCCCUACAGACUGUACAACUCCGAUGUCUUCGAGUACGUCCUGGACAGCCCGAUGACACUCUACGGCGCCAUCCCUCUUAUGCAGGCGCACCGCAAGGACUCCACCGUUGGUGUCUUCUGGCUCAACGGUGCCGAGACCUGGAUUGACAUCACCAAGGGCGAGACCAAGGCUAACCCCCAGGCCCUGGGAGCCGGUCCCAAGACCGACACUCGCACCCACUGGAUCUCCGAGUCCGGCAUCCUGGACGUCUUUGUCUUCCUUGGACCUACCCCCAAGGACAUCUCAAGGACCUACGGCGAGUUGACCGGCACCACUGCUAUGCCUCAGGAGUUUGCCAUCGGCUACCACCAGUGUCGCUGGAACUACAUCUCCGAUGACGAUGUCAAGGAUGUCGACCGCAAGUUUGAUAAGUUCAAGAUUCCGUACGACGUCAUCUGGCUCGACAUUGAGUACACCGACGGCAAGAAGUACUUCACCUGGGACCCCGACAUGUUCAAGAACCCCAUCGACAUGGGCAAGGCUCUCGAUGAACACGGCCGCAAGCUCGUUGUCAUUAUUGAUCCUCACAUCAAGAACGAGGGUGGCUACAACAUCAACAAGGAGAUGAACGACAAGGGCCUUACCGUCAAGAACAAGGACGGCAACACUUUCGAGGGCUGGUGCUGGCCUGGAUCCUCCAACUGGGUCGACUGCUUUAACCCCAAGGCCCUCGAGUGGUGGAGCCAGCUCUACAACUACGACAAGUUCCCCGGCACCAUGGAGAAUACCUUCAUCUGGAACGACAUGAACGAGCCUUCCGUCUUCAACGGCCCUGAGGUUACUAUGCCCAAGGACAACAUCCACUAUGGCAACUGGGAGCAUCGUGACGUCCACAACAUCAACGGCAUGACUUUCCACAACGCCACCUUCGAGGCCCUCAUCACUCGCAAGAAGGGCGAGCUCCGUCGUCCUUUCGUCUUGACCCGUUCGUUCUACGCCGGCUCUCAGAGACUUGGUGCGAUGUGGACAGGUGACAACCAGGCCUCGUGGGACCACCUCGCUGCUUCCGUUCCCAUGAUUCUCAACCAGGGUAUCUCCGGCUUCCCCUUCGCCGGUGCUGAUGUCGGCGGUUUCUUCGGCAACCCCGAGCCCGAUCUGAUGGCCCGUUGGUACCAGGCCGGCGCCUUCUACCCAUUCUUCCGUGGCCACGCCCACAUUGACGCCCGCCGCCGCGAGCCCUAUAUGCUCGCGGAGCCUUUCAGGAGCAUCCUCACCUCUGCCCUUCGCCUCCGCUACACUCUGAUGCCCUCCUGGUACACUGCUUUCUUCCACGCCAACCGCGAUGGCAGCCCCAUCGUCCGUCCGAUGUUCUGGACCCAUCCCGAUGUCGAGGCCGGCUUUGCCAUCGAUGACCAGGUCUUCGUCGGCAGCACCGGUCUUCUUCACAAGCCUGUUGUCGAGAAGGACCAAGAGGUUGUCAGCAUCUUCAUCCCUGACGACGAGGUCUACUACGACUACUUCAACUACGAGAAGCUCGACACCAAGAAGGGCGAGUACAUCACCAAGUCUGUCGCAAUCGACCAGGUUGCUGUACUCAUGCGCGGAGGCCACAUCUUCCCCCGCCGCGACCGUCCCCGUCGCUCCACCCAGCUGAUGCGCUUCGAUGACUACACCCUUGUCAUCAGCGUCGGCAAGAACGGUGACGCCGAGGGCGAGCUCUACGUCGACGAUGGUGACUCGUUCGAGUUCGAGAAGGGCCAGUACAUCUACCGCAAGUUCAAGCUCUCCGGCAGCACGCUCACCUCCGUCGACGCCGAGGGCCGUGACGCCAAGUCUGUCAAGCCUGGCAACUGGCUCAAGGCCAUGAAGGAGGUCUACGUUGACAAGAUUGUCAUCGUCGGAGCUCCGGCUGGCUGGAACGUCAAGGAGGUCAACGUGGAGUCGGAGGGCAAGACCUGGUCCGUCCCCGUGCAGUACCACGCCGCCGAGGAGGGCCGCGCCGCGUACGCCUUCAAGGUCUGGGUUGAGAAGAAGAAGCUUUGGGUCGAGAAGGUGCGAUGGGUAGAGAGUAUGGCACGGCCGAUGGUCAUGAAGCUUGGUGGCAAAACCAUUGCGCCUGCAAGCAAGACCUGGGUCAAAAAGACAGAUCUCCAGGAGGUCACUGUGACUGAGACCUAUGGCGCUUUCGAGGAUGGGUUCUAG